UAUGCUGGGGGAAAACAGCAUCACAGACAAAGCUGGAGUUGCUUGGUUCUGCUUCCUCUCACAGUCUGCUCAAAGCUGAGGAAAUAACAACUCGCCAAAAUGUGCAAAGGAUUAGCAGCCUUACCACACACAUGUCUGGAGAGAGCAAAGGAGAUCAAGACCAAGUUGGGCACACUCCUCCAGAAGCCUGACUCCGCAAUUGACCUUAUCAUCCCAUACCCAGAGAAGCCAGAAAAACCAGCCAAGGCCCAAAAGCCAUCGCCAGAGGAGGCUUUACAGUGGCGUGACUCCCUGGAGAAGCUGCUGCAGAAUGCUUAUGGCCUUGCCAGCUUCAGGAGCUUCCUGAGAUCUGAGUUCAGUGAGGAGAACAUUGAGUUCUGGAUUGCAUGUGAGGAUUAUAAGAGAACCAGGUCACCUGCCAAGAUGGCUGAGAAGGCCAAGAAAAUUUACGAGGAGUUCAUCCAGAUUGAGGCGCCCAAAGAGGUGAAUAUUGACCAUUUCACCAAAGGUAUAACCAUGAAGAACUUGGUGGAGCCAUCAAUGAGCAGCUUUGAUGUGGCUCAGAAGAGGAUUUUUGCCCUGAUGGAGAAGGACUCCCUGCCCAGAUUUUUGCGGUCUGAGUUUUAUCAGGAGUUAAUCAAGUAACAAUGUAGUCUGGCUGUGCAAGGCAUCCCCUGCAAGACACUUCCUGUAAGCAGUGCUACUGCUCCUUCCCAAUAACCCUGCCUUUAUUCUUUAGCAGCUUUUACUUAGCAAUACCAACCUAAGAAAAUAUUCAGGCAUGUUGCUAAAUUUCUCUCAUGUUGUUUUGGAGUCACAUUGUACCCAAUGUCUCCUUUGGUUUUUUUUUCCAGUCUCUUUCUUUCUCUGCUCCUCUACCAAUAUCCCUAUUAUGAAAAUACCGGAUAAUUUUACCCAUUGUUUUUUAGACUGGAGGGUACUGAGGCUCCAUCAAUAGCCACCUAGGACCCUGGAAGAUAUACCCAAUUUGCAUAAAAUCAAUUAGAUGAGCAGGGUGUUCAGAGUGACUGUGUUUAAAGAUCAACCAGUGACUCUGAAACUCUUCUUAUCCACUGCCUUGGUCUGAGAAACCUGAAUUCAGAUGAACUCAGAUGAGCUUCAGGAAAAUAUCCACACUUCAGAUACUUAUCCCAGCCAAAUCAUAUUCCCAAGCCUCCCAGACUAAGUCAGUUCUCUUAUCCUCAGUUGCCUGCCAGGUGUCACUGAUUUUAUGCCCUUAUUGUGAACAACUGAAUGAAUUGCACAAACAAAAUGGCAUGAAAGAUUGUAAGAGUCUAUUUAAGAUGCUACGUGUCUUCUCUAGUGAAGGCAUACAUCACUGUAGUGAUACUCCUAUGAGUGCUCACACUUCGUAGUACUGGGAAAGUCUGUCUCUAAAAGGGUGUGAGGUUGAAGGCUGAAUGAAAGCUUCCAAGGGGCUUCUGACACAUUUGCUUGACCUGUCUGAGCAACACACUGUAAUCCACUUUGUAACCAUUUGGUGACAUGAUUGACUCUAAGAGUAUUUUGUGAUUGCAAAAACAUGGUUAAUAUAUGGCUAGUAACCAUGACAGCACCUAUGACUCACUAUUGCCCAUGAUCAAGGCUGCCACAGGCUGUCUUCCUAUAGCUUGUGAGACCCGCUGUUAGUUUGCAAGGUGGAUUCCCAGCUGCGUUCCAUACAACUGGUCUGGCUGGUGCUCCCUCCUUCCUCCAUGCUUUCGAAGAAGUAACAUUGCCCCAUUAGUUGGUGAGGAUCCUCUUUGUGCGUGGCUUCUGAACAUAUGGUCCUUAGUGGAGGUAAGGUACGAUUUUCUCAGCAUGCCCUGAUACGCUCAUGGCGAGACAGCCUGCUAGGUGUAAACAUGCCAACCCAAUUGACACAAGGUUCCCUUGUAAAAAGAGCCUCUGUUUGGACAGAUGACUGUGAGAAACUGGUAACAAAAUAUGAUUACAUUUGUACUGCAAAUGGAGGCCAAGUAUAAGCUUCAAGAUUGCUCUUUGCAAACUGUAGUGCAAAACUUAGCAAUUCACAAGGUGAGAGCCAAGCCAAUGUGAAUAAUAGGACCUUCAAAACACAUUCUUUGCUUAAGCUUGACUGUAAAAAAAAUAAUUCUUAUUUUGAGCUGGAGACAGCAAAAUGGAUAAAGCAAGACUGGUGUAUUCCAAACACUGUGAUUGUUCAGCAACCCUGAUGUCUAUCCAAUCCAAAUGCCUGCAUUAGAUUAACUGAAUUUAUUUUUUCUGUGGCAUAGAAAUGCCCACAAUGCCUAUGCACAGCCUUAAACAAUGCUACUGAGGUGUUUAGAGGUGUGUUUGAACUCUUCAUUGUGGAUAUCUUGGUGGUAACAUCCCGUUCCAUUCAUUUCUCUCUGUAGUAAGCAUGCCAAAGUGAUAUUUCUGCACAAACCAAAGGGUGAAAAAAUUGAUUAGAAGAGGAAGAACUUGUCAAAAAAUUGCUAAUUGAAACUGUUGGGGUCAGUUGCCAAGAGCUGACCAUAACGGAAAGAAAGUAUUGGAAAGAUGAGAAAUAAAACCAUGUGUUCUUCAACAGACAGAAAACACUGCCUAAUUUUGUACAACCCAUUUCCAUUUCUCCAGUCUUCACGUCCUGUCUGUAAAAUAUCUGCAUAUUCCUAUUGCUGUCUGAGCUCCUGUCUGAGGGGAGGGAGGGGGAGUAGUAGGAUAUGCGGGACUGCUUCUGAAGGGUGCCAAACUUUUAUUUCUUUUUAGAAGUCUUUGGCAGUUCCUUGCAGUCAAGGAUGAUUGUACAUUAUAGUUAACAUGCAACAGCAUUUUUCAUUUAUGCCAUUGAUUUAAAUCUAAGCCAACUUAGUAAUGACCAGAAGUCAAUCACCAUCUAAAGGUUGUUUGGUAGCUGACUUGAAAGAAUGUCUGGGAUCUCAGCCCAGGAUCAAGUUGAUCAGUGCUUGAUGCCAGCAUAACUGACAGUAAUUAGUCCCAUUGGUAGAAAAGCCAAUGACCUUUGGCUUUUGACAGCAAACUUCAAGGGGUGGUUUCCCAAGUCUUGGUUGGCAUGUGCAACAUAGGGGAAGCCUGUGAUGCCAGUAGUUGUAGUAAGUCUGUUCACUAGAUCAGUCUCCACAGCUGACAAUCCAGGGUAUACAUUGAAAAGAUCAGCUGUUAAAGUCUCAGCAGUCUGUUCAAACUGGCCACCCAGACCGAGAUUCCAAAGCUAGACAGCCAAAUCGUGAUGGACUGUGUGUCAAAGCAGCCAAAUAAACAAUGAGUCUGCAAACCUUUUCAAAAUGUGUCUAAACUGAUCAAAAACCCAGCCACCCCAAAUAUUUGCCUGCUGUUUCCAUGGUGACAGAAUAAAAAUACAUGUGCAACAGUAAGAAGUGGACUGUUCUUUCCAGAAAAACAAAAAACAAUAACAACAAAAAACAGAACGUACUGGGUUCAUCCAUUUAUUUUUCUUUCCCUUAGCAAAUUGCCUGGGAAAGUUGGAGUCUUAAUAGAGGGGACACUAGCGUGCUUAUUAUUUUUCCCGUGUGAGAAAAUAACCCCUUCUGUGAGUCAACCUGGGAUGUGGCACAAUGACAAUACCAAACAAUAGCAGGGGACUCAAGCAAAUUCUUCCUGCCCCUUCUUGAGAAAUGGAAAGUUUAGCCGAGAAAAUACCUAGCUUUUUGCUGGCUGGAUUUGAUGGGAAAUGGGCCAAGGAUAGAACUGAGUAAGACCAAGAGAGAAGAAACUUGUUCAGCAGUUAGACUAUAGGAUAAACAUGCAGCCAGUGGGCCAGUUUCAUCUAAAUCUAGUGUCAUAAGUAGUGCUAGAUAAGCCAUAACAGAAGCGCUCAUGGCAUGGCCCUGUCAGAUUCCAAUGAAUCUGCGACUUCUGCUAAAUACUUUGUCAUGAAGAGAUGAAAAAGGAAGUGGUGUUAGAUCAAUUUAGUGUAGAUUUCAUAGAUUUCUUUGCCUAGGUCAAAUACAAUUUCUAUGUGCCCAAAAUAAAUAUAUCUUUGAUAGCAUGAGGACAGUAAAGGGAUGUGUUGUGUGACCUAAUGUUGGAAUGUAGUUGAUAGCCUACACAUCGCUGAAUUUCAUCACAACCUGCUCAAAUCAUACCAUGAUUUGUGAUCUCACAACCUGCAGUGGUAUAAGGGUAGUCAGUAUUCAGGUUGGUUUUGAAUCUGUCUUGACAUCUGGUCUAUUAGAAAACUCUCUGAUUCUAUUCCUGGGCUUCCAUUUCUCUUCAGAUACAUAUUUUAAAGUGAGUCCUGAUUUAACUAUAUCAUUUGACCUAAGAAGCACUGGGGAUCUCUUUAAGAGUUGUGUUUGUGUAGAAUUUUCACUUGAUUAAUUACUCUGGCAUGCAAACCACCAGAAACCUGAUCAUGAACUCCUCGGAUGAGUGAGCUAAGAAUCCUGAAACAUGAGAAACAUCUGCUAUGGGACUAAUACUUUGUGUCAUGUUUCUGAUAACAAAUAUUUCAUAUACUCAUACAUUAUUAAAUGUUAUAUGUAGUUUAACCAUAGACACAUUAUAUAUUCCUGUAUUCCUAUAUACAUAUUUUAUACCUAUAUUUACAGUAUCAGUUUCACUGUAGUGGAUAGUGAGUGAAUCAGAACAUAUCAUUUGAACUCUUAACAACCUGAUUGUUCAUUUUUGACAGUUGCCCAUUGUCUAUCAUGGGCAUGGGCAAUGAAUAGAUGUAGGGUGACUUUAGGUAUUUGGUUGAGCUAAAAAUACACCUUUCCCAAGCAUAAUAAUGAAAGUGUAUCUCUAUGAACAUCACAAAAAGCAUUCUCCUUCCUUUUUUCCCCUCAAUAUCUGUUCCUUUACACUGUGUUAUUACAUGACAUUUUUUUUAUAGGCACCAUGUCUGUUAGUGUUAGAAAAGAUAAUAAUAACGGUGUGUUACAUUAAGGAUUGUGCAGUGGCCAGUUACAUCUCCCUGAAAUGUCAUGGGUUGUGUACACUGGUUUCAUUUGAGGCCAGUGGUUCCAGAUUACUGACAAUAGAAUUACUAAAGUUCAACAGUCGUUUCACUGGGGGGGGGGUCACGCUCUCAUUCCUAUUGUUUUCCAUCCCCUCUUUGUGGUUUUUUGUUGUGUCCAUUUGGUCCAGGGACAUGCACUCUUGCACCCCUUGAAUACUACAUUGUGUUACGUCCUGUGACUGAUUCCAUCAUGGCAGUGCUAGUAACUAUCCUGGGCUGGCUUUGAAAAUACCACCAUGUAUCUUGGAGACUAAUGAAGACCAUAAAAGAAUCAUUAGCACUUCCUUCCAUGCACUAAAGAACUUAAACCUGAUACCUUUGAGCGAAACUCUUCUCCAAGAUCCAAAAAACUGUUUUUGUCCUUGACACAUUUUGUCCUUAAACUUAACUGUUAAAGGCUUGGCUCUGUAGGGAAUUGAUUAGUUCCCAGACUUGGCCUGCUACUUUUAAGCUUCAGUUCUCCCAUGUGCUUACCAAGAGAAGUAUUUUGAUUGCAGGGCAGGUGUAACCUGGGCCACUGUGCAUUAAAGAGCAAGUCCAGGUUUUGUUCUGUUAGCAACGUGCAUGUAACAUUCAAUAUAACCAGUACAUAAAUGUAUUACCACUGA